AUGGCGAUUUCUCUCGCAAUCGAUCCUUCCUUAGCUCCUUGCUUCUCCUUCUCCACCUCAUCUUCAUCUCUCACCCGGAAAUCGAGAACCCAACCUCUGCGAAUCCUCCAUUUCCAUGGCAGACCUUCUCCAUCUCCAUCUCCAUCUCCAUCCAUUUCCCAUCCCAAACGAGGAUUCCCAUUCUUGUAUCCAUCUCCGAUAACCGCGAACACUCGCAGCAGCUUCGUAGCUUCUCUCUCUGCUCACCAGUCUUCUCCUACUAAUAGUGAAGAAGCUAAUUCAAACCACCCAACAGAUGUAAAAACCCUAAUCAAAGCUUACAAACAAGCUCUCUUCUCCGGGGACGAAACCACAAUCUCACAACUCAAAACGAUUCUCUGCGGAAUCGAGAAGGAAAAAAACAGAUUCGACAACAAGGUUUUAUCUCUAUCAAUGAAGAUCGCUUCAGAGAAGGAGACGAGGAUCAGACUCCAAGCUGAUUUCGACAACACGAGGAAAAAGCUAGACAAGGAUCGGCUUAGCACAGAGUCUAAUUCAAAAGUGCGAGUCAUGAGGAGUCUCUUACCUCUCAUCGAUAGUUUCGAGAGAGCGAGGCAAGAGAUUAGACCUGAUACUGAAAUGGAGAAGAAGAUUGAUACGAGUUAUCAGGGAAUUUACAGACAGUUGGUUGAGGUUUUGAGACACCUUCGUGUUAAACCUAUUGCUACUGUUGGCAAACCAUUUGAUCCUUUGUUUCACGAGGCUAUCUCGCGUGAAGAAUCAGAAGCGGUUAAGGCAGGGAUAAUAACGGAGGAGCUAAACCGGGGAUUUCUUCUAGAAGAACGUGUUCUGAGACCAGCCAAGGUUAAAGUCUCUUUAGGACCCAUCAAGAAGAAGACUGCUGAGGAGACUACACCUUCUCCUGGUAAUUGA